AUGCCAGGAGGUUUUCAGGUUAUGGUAGAUCUAAUGGCUACUGCUGCUGAUUAUGGAGAACCCGAAGGUUUUGAAGAUGGUGAAUUACCAGAAGAUGGGGAGAUCUGUGAUGAUGAUGACGAACCAAUGCGAGGUGAAACCGAGACCGGACAGUCAAGCCCGAAUCAAAGUGCUUCUAUAAUCGAUCAAUCAGGCACAGCUGGUACAUCUCCUUCCUCGAAAGCUAAUCGAACGCCGAAGGACACCACCGGACCGGCGGAAGAUGGUGCAAAGCCGUCACCAAGUACUUGGGCGAGUAAGUUAGCUGCUGCUGGAGAGAAAAUCGGCGACGUUUUUGGAUACGGUUCUGAAGAUAAGGAUUAUCGAUUUGAAGAGGAACCGAGCGGUGACUUUGAUUAUCGCCAAGGAGCGGGUCACGUUGGUAGGAGGCGCCGUCACUCUCCCUCACAGGAUGAAUGGGAUCCUCGUGCUCCGAAACGUCCUUAUGGUGGUCGAGGAUUUCGCGGAUUUCGACCCAAGCCACGAUGGGCAACAGAACAUCAGAUUUGCAAGUUUUUCCGUGAGGGCUACUGCAGGGAUGGAGAUAACUGCGCAUAUUCGCAUCAGGCUGAAGACUCACUUCGUCGGCCUGAACUGUGCAAAUUUUACCAACAAGGAUUCUGUAAAAAGGGCCUAACCUGUCUUUUAUUGCACGGAGAAUUCCCGUGCAAAGCAUUUCACAAGGGAGAGUGCAGUCGCGAUCCAUGCCACUUCAGUCACGUACCGUUAACGGAUUACACUCGGCCACUUUUCGAACGAAUGUGCCAAGAGGAUGAAAUGUACGCCAGUCGAGCAAUGGGAAACCACCACAUGGCACCUAUGAAGCGACGUGUUCUUCUUCCUCAAGGACCAGCUGGUCCACAACAAGUAGUCCCUCCGGUAACGUCGGCGGCUCCAACAAUUCACGCUGCAAUCCCUCAACAACCUGCGAACGGUGGGCCACUAGCACCACCUUCUGUCGUCGUGCCUACACUGGGUGGAGCCGUCGGGCCCACUCCACCCCCAUUCCCUGCAAUGCCUCCUAGAUUGCCGUACUAUACUCCUCCAGCAGCCGUGUCGUCGCCACUUUUCGAUGAGAAAGGGCCAGCUGUUUCAACAGCAGCUCCAAUGAGUAACCAGCCAGCAGCGAACGCUGUUCCAUCCGCUCAAUUCAAUAUAAGCCAAAUGUUGGCGCAAAUAGCUGGUGAUCCUAUAAUCGAUGAGGAGAGUCCAGCUAGUCCACCUAUGUGCAGCGGCUCCGCCGACGCAAUGGUUCGGCAGAUUCCUGAAGGCAAUGUUGUAGCAUGGCGGCUUCUUCCUGUAGACGCACCUCCCGCUUAUUCAGGGAUUAAUCCUGGAUUAUCCGUCACGAGCCAGGAUCCGCGAAUGAAUCGCGUUAUCUCGUCGCAAUUUGAUGCCGUUUCUUCGUUGAUAGCCGCAACCCCCCAAGCCACUACGGGUUCUCCAGCCAGUCGGACAGAUAUGAGGUUCCGAUCAGAAGAACGACGAUCUAGUGAGGAAAGGCCGCGCGCCUCAUCAUGGAUGCCACAAAUGGCUUGA